CAGUCCCCACCCCGGAUAUUGUACCCCUUUCCCCGGCCUGCACUCUCAGAAUAUAAAGCUACCAGGGUUGCGCUUCACUGUCUGGCCACUCUGUUUUUCGUUGAUGCUUAGACUCUUCGAGAGAAGGAUGAAGUUCAUCUUAGCUGCCACGAUCAUCGUGGGCUCGGUGUUUUUUCUCGCCUUUCCCAGUGGCUCGUCGGCGGACGAGAAGAAGAAGGGCCCCAAAGUAACCGCUAAAGUGUACUUUGAUAUGCAAAUCGGAGAGGAGGAUGCCGGAAGGAUCGUCAUCGGUGUGUUCGGCAAGACAGUCCCCAAGACGGUUGACAACUUUGUGGCCUUGGCAACAGGAGAGAAAGGCUUCGGCUACAAGGGCAGCAAAUUCCAUCGCGUCAUUUUGAGUUUCAUGAUCCAGGGAGGAGACUUUACCAAGGGAGACGGAACGGGAGGCAAGAGCAUUUACGGCGACCGCUUCGCUGACGAGAACUUCAAGCUGAAGCAUCACGGCCCCGGCUGGCUCAGCAUGGCCAACGCAGGCAAGGACACCAACGGUUCGCAGUUCUUCAUCACCACCGUCAAGACCACCUGGCUCGACGGCAAACACGUCGUCUUCGGAAAAGUGCUGGAGGGAAUGGAUGUUGUGAAAAAGAUCGAGAACACAAAGACGGACAGUCGCGACAAGCCCCUGAAAGACGUGGUCAUCAAAGAUUGCGGCGUCAUCAAAGUGGACGAGCCCUACGCCAUCGGCAAGGAGUAAGAGGAACCGUCAGGGGAUUUGAUCGCGUGGUGGAGGAGACGGACGCUUGUUGGGCCCUCGAAGGACCGCCACUGCCAGAGGCCCGGCCACACCAUCAAGCAUUCCAAGGUGCACUGGUGAAUCUUUUUUUUUCCCCCUUUGAAUUUUGUUGGGGGAAAAGAAGGAAAUCCUUCAAAUAAAGCUUCGAGGUUUUGUUAAUUAAA